AUGAAAGAAUUGAGUGAAAUUGCUUUUAAUACUUGGAAAGAACAUACAGAUCUAAUUUUUGAAGAAGAUAAUUCAAGUUAUGAUAUUAUUAUUUCAAAUAAAAGGCGUUUGCACAGAAAAGAAUCAAGUGGACAACACUAUUGUCCAAAGCCAUUUGAUGGUAAAUCGGGUGUACUAGCUCAUGCUAACUCUCCAAAUUCUAAUAAUGAUGUUGUAGAAAUUCAUAUGGAUCAAGAUGAAGAUUGGUACUUUGAGAUUGAUACAAAUACUCCAAAAGAGAAGAUAAACUUUUAUGCAGUUUUAGUUCAUGAAAUUUGUCAUACAUUAGGAAUUCCUCAUUCAGCAGAAAAUACCUCAAUCAUGUAUCCAUUAUAUAACAGUUUCAAUAUUGAAUUAAGUAAAGAUGAUAUUCUUGUAGUACAAAGCUUAUAUGGGAAACCAGUUGUAGGAGAUGAUGAUGAGGAAGAUGUGGAGACUGAUGAUGAAGAAAAAGAUUUAGAUUCUCCAGAAUUAUGCAAACUUAGUAAUAAAAUUAAAAACUUUCUGAUUGUUGACCAGGUUCUAUAUAUUUACUAUGAGAAAUGGGUUUGGAUAAUGGAUUUGGAUAAUUUAGAUGUACGCACUAAACCACAACUUAUAAGUGAUUGGUUAACAUUUCUUCCAAAAGGAUUUAAAAAUAUAACUGCUGCAUAUCAAAGACCAUCUGGAGAUGUUAUUUUAUUCAUUGACAACAAACUGUAUAUAAUGGAAAUACCCUCUUUUAGGUUAAAAUUUGGUUAUCCAACAUCUUUAACAUCUCUUUCAUUAUGA